GCGAAGAGGCGGUUUGGCGAGGAGGGAGGGCCUAGAUAGACAUUACCAAUGACCACGCGGGCUUAUUUUGUGCCUGACGCCGUAACCAAGCUGGUUUCUCUAAACGAACCUUCUGGAGUUCUGACUGAGCCCGUUUGCCCUAGUGCUGGGCCCCAAGAGUACCAAAGGACGGGAACUUUAUCCCCCCGCCGGAUUCUCCAUAAUCCCUGCUAUUGAACCUAGCAACAAGAUCGCCGUUAGCCGGACAAGUGAAUUUGCCCAACUGAAAAAACUCCACGAGAGACUGGGUUUAAAACAAGAGAUCAGAAGACGCUUCAUCGGGCAAGAAAGAUGCUCUCGGCGCCUGUGAACUUGCCGAAAUGGCUCGAGGAGAACUCGCACCUGCUGAAGCCGCCCAUCAACAACUACUGCGUUUACAAUGACGACUUCACAGUGAUGAUCGUCGGCGGUCCCAACGCGCGGACAGACUACCACAUCAACGAGACGCCCGAGUGGUUCUACCAGUACCGGGGCGCGAUGCUGCUCAAGGUGGUGGACGGGGGCGAGUUCCGGGACAUCGUGAUUGGCGAGGGCGCCAUGUUCCUGCUGCCGGCCAACACGCCGCACAACCCGGUGCGGUUCGCCGACACGGUGGGCGUCGUGCUGGAGCAGAAGCGGCCCGCCGGCUCCGUCGACCGCAUGCGGUGGUACUGCCAAGGGCCCGCGGGCUGCGGCGCCGUCGUGCACGAGGCCGCCUUCCACUGCACCGACCUCGGCACCCAGAUCAAGGCCGCCGUCGAGGCCUUCAAGGCCAGCGACGAGAGCAGGACCUGCCCCAAGUGCGGCGAGCUGGCCGACUGGUGCCCUAGGCCUGGAUCGAUCCAGGACCCGAACAAGGCCGGCGUUGCCGAGUAAGGUUCCGGCUGGUGGACGAUGAUGCAUCUUUUAUGAGUGUUCUUGCAUGCUACA